AUGGCAGAUACACAGUUUGGGGUUCGACAUGUAAUUGGGGCCCCGGUGGCUACCACGAGGUUUUCCGAACAGGCUUUAGUAUGCAUGCCUCCGAGAGCUGCCAAGUUUACCUUAUCUGAAUGGAAGCUAAACAAUGACCAGCGCUGCCGAAAUACCGAAGAUCAGCAACAACUUGCUGAUAGAAUUUUGGGGGAGUGCCAACGAGUUCGCGAAGAAACGGCUGAAAGAGCUUGUAUCAUGAAAGCGACAUCAGAUAGACGAAUUGAAGAGAGAAUCGGAGAUAUUGAGUUUAAUAAAAAAGAAUUACAAUUGCAAAGGAAAGAAAUCUGCCUUGAACUUGAGGCGUUGAGUGUAUAUAAGACUCGAUUACAAGACUGUCUUGCUUCACUCCAAACAAACGCAUUGACUAUUUGUCGUAAGUGCCUCAUGCUGAGAGAUGGUCGAAUCGGAAUUGAUUUAGUAGUAGAUGAAGUAGAAAAUGCUCUUCAACAAGAAAUAACUACUAUUCUUGGAGGACAAAGUCUUCUUAAACGUGCUUUGGAACAACUAAAUGAACAAAUGCGUCGUCUUAGAUCAACUCGUUAUCUUCUCGAUCGAGAUUUACAAUACAAGCAGGCGGCUAUAGAUAUAGAUAAAGGCUCACUUUCUCUAAAACCAACUGACUUAUGCUUAUCAGUUUAUGAAGGUUAUACAAGUCUUGAUCCUGCUAAUAUAUCUGCUGAAGAGUACAAUGCUUAUUCGGCUAAAAAUAUUCAACAAGCAGCAAGAGAAGUAACUAGCUCUCGUCCUAUUAAAGUAUUCAUCGAUACUUUACUGAAACAAGUCAUAGAUGAUCUUUGGGGAGCUUAUAAUAAAUGUAACCAUGAAUUCAAAGAACGUAUUGAGGAUACAAAACGGACUAAAGCUAAACUUGAGGAUAUGCAUAGAGAAACUACUCAGAAAAUUGUUGAGAUGCAAAAUAAUAUUUUAGAUUUGCAAAAGGCAUUGUCAGCCAAAGAAGGGAAUGUAGCAUUAGCUCAUACUAGGCUUGGAAGACGAGCUCAAAGAACUGGAGCAGAACUGGUCAAAGACCCGCCAGGACAGGCUUUGUACUACGAAUGUGAAAUGCUACGUCACAGUACUGAACAAUUACAACAGAUGCUUCACGAGGCGUCAGCAUCUUUACGUUAUCUCCUUCAAACUCAAAUUCAAUUAGAAGAGGAUAUAAACGUCAAAAUGAAUACUUUGAAAAUAGACGAAGUUGACUGUAUGACGUUAAGAACUACUAUGGACUUCCAUGCUUAU